UCUCAAUCUCACUCCAGACUCGGAAGCCAUUGAACAGAAGGGACGAGAGAGAAAGAAAUGUCUUAUGUUCCUCCCCACCUCAGAAAUGGCGCUCUCCCUCGCCCGCUGGCCUCCUCCAACAACUCCAAUAGGCCGAAGCCGCCUCCUGACUACAAUGACAAGGCCCUCUCCCCCGGACCACGAUUAUCCAGGCCGUCGCCGGCCUCCCCCCGGGCAAAAAUGCUGAUCCGUCUUUAGGCCGGAGAGCCAUCAAUGGAUUCUCCACGCUGGAGCCCGUCUUCCCGCAAUGGCAGCCGUCGGAAAGAGUCCUUCGCAUGACGGCGGAGCAGAUUGAAGAUGUUAGAUUGCGGUUAAAUGUUGAUGUGACGAUUCCUCCAGACACUGCUCCUGCUCCUGCACCAAUAGAAUCAUUCGCUGACAUGUGCUUAAAUCCAAGCAUUAUGAAGGACGUGGCGUUUCAUGAUUAUACUAGGCCAACUCCUAUUCAGGCACAAGCUAUGCCAAUUGCUCUAAGUGGGAGGGACCUCUUGGGCUGUGCUGAAACUGGUAGUGGAAAAACAGCUGCGUUUGCUAUACCCAUGAUUCAGCAUUGUUUAGCUCAAUCACCUAUUCGGCAAGGCGAUGGACCUCUGGCACUGGUGUUAGCUCCUACAAGAGAACUUGCUCAACAAAUAGAAAAAGAGGUCAAGGCCUUCAGCAGAUCGUUGGACUCUUUCAGAACUGCUAUAGUUGUUGGAGGAACAAACAUAUCAGAGCAGAGAUCGGAACUGCGAGCAGGUGUUCAUAUUGUGGUUGCAACACCUGGACGGUUUAUUGAUCAUUUGCAGCAAGGAAACAGCUGUCUCUCCAGAAUUUCAUUUGUCGUUUUGGAUGAGGCUGAUAGGAUGCUGGAUAUGGGUUUUGAACCACAGAUAAAAGAGAUCAUGCAAAAUCUCCCAAAAAAGCAUCAGACACUUUUGUUCAGUGCGACCAUGCCUGUGGAGAUUGAAUCCCUUGCGCAGGAAUACCUAAAUAAACCCGUCCAAGUAAAGGUGGGAAAAGUAAGUUCUCCAACUAUGAAUGUGUCUCAAGUGCUGGAGAAGGUUAGCGAGAGUGACAAGAUUGAUCGGCUUCUGUCCAUGCUUGUGGAGGAGGCAUCUCGGGCUGAGAAUACUGGACAAACUUUUCCAUUAACCAUUGUUUUUGUUGAAAGGAAGACAAGGUGUGAUGAAGUAGCUGAAGCUUUAAUAGCAGAAGGGUUGCAUGCAGUUUCUCUUCAUGGUGGACGCAGUCAAACUGAAAGGGAAGCAGCUCUGCGUGAUUUCAGAAAUGGAUCUUCAAACAUUCUGGUUGCUACAGAUGUAGCAUCGCGUGGUUUGGAUGUCACAGGGGUUGCUCAUGUUGUCAAUCUUGAUCUUCCAAAGACAAUGGAGGAUUAUGUGCAUCGGAUUGGCAGAACCGGGCGUGCAGGGACUAUAGGUCAUGCUACUUCCUUUUAUACCGACCGUGACAUGUUUGUUGUGGCACAGAUAAGGAAAGGAAUUGCAGAUGUUGAGUCCGGCAAUUCAUUGUCAUUUGCUACGGGAAAGGUCGCUAGGAAGAAAGAAAGAGAAAUAGCAGCUGCACAGAGGGAAGUGAGGCUUGGAAUGUCCAAAUUAUCGGUAGCUGGAGGUCCUACAUCAAUAAGUGUUGAUGACAAGUACAGAUACAUGCUGACCCCGGCCAACAUGAGAAAAGAGGGUGCAGCAGAUGACGCUUGGGAUGACUGAGGUGGUUUUUCCUUCACAUUUCACAUUUAAAACAAUCAAUGGAAGUCCAGGUUCUGGUUCUGAAGAUUAACAAACAGGUGCUGAUGCUCAAUGGGAUGCGGUGAUGGUCAUUUCUGGGUAUUACAAGGUGAAGAGUUGAAAGGAAUGUUGUAAGUAGACUUGUAUCUAGUUUUCCAUCGCCAGCAGCAUUGACUUGUCUGUAUCUACCCUUGGGUCUUUGCGCCGAAUUCUUGAAAGUUCUUUCCUUAUGUGUGAUGUGCAUCUAUUGUCCGCUGUGAGAUGUGAUCACAUGGUGACAUCGUUGUUGACGACAGCACAUCAGAUGUUGGUGACAAUUACGAAAAAUACUACAGCUUUAAUGCUAUAUGUUUCAGAAUCCGAAAGCAUUUUUGGGAGAAAGUGCAUUUUUUUU